CAUCGAUCAACUCACUGUACUACACACAAAAAAACAGUGAAAUUUGUUUCCUUUCAAAGUCACAGAGAAAAUCAAAUCACCACAGAAUCCACAUUCCAUUUCCGUUCUCGAAAUUUCCUUCCCUUUCUCCUCAAAUCUCUCUUCAUAAUUAACCAAAAUCACAGACAGAUUCCCACAUUCCAUUUCCCUCCUUCCAUUCGACAACUUAUUUAACCAAACAGUUUCGAGCUCUCAAAAAUGGCUCCUCCAAGUCUAACCAAAGCCAAUUCCGACAUGACGGAGAUAGCGGACGGCUGCGUCAGCGGCUCUCGGGUAACGUUGGAGGGAAAAAACUUCGCGGCCAACGGCCACGUGUUCCUCUCCGAUGUGCCCUCGAACAUAGUGUCGUUUCCCUCUCCUUACACCACCGUGUCGGCCAAGUCGGCCGGCGGCGGCGGAAACACCACCACCGCCGGAUGCUUCGUCGGGUUCAAUGCCCACGAGGCGAAGAGCCGGCACGUGGCGUCGAUAGGGAAGCUCAAGGGGAUAAGGUUCAUGAGCAUUUUCCGGUUCAAGGUCUGGUGGACCACCCACUGGGUCGGGUCGAACGGGUCCGACCUAGAAAACGAGACCCAGAUAGUGAUCCUCGACAAGUCCUCCUACGGAGGGGCGCUUGACGACUCGGGGCGCCCCUACGUCUUGCUACUUCCACUCAUCGAAGGCCCGUUCCGGGCCUCCCUCCAGGCCGGCCAUGACGAUGACGUCGACAUCUGCGUGGAGAGCGGGUCCACCAAAGUGGCCGGAGACUCUUUCCGGUCGGCGCUCUACAUCCACGCCGGCGACGAUCCGUAUAAUCUCGUGAAAGAAGCCAUAAAGGUCGCAAGAGUUCAUCUCGGGACCUUUAAGCUCUUGAAGGAGAAAACGCCCCCGGGUAUCGUGGACAAAUUCGGUUGGUGCACGUGGGAUGCGUUCUAUCUUUCGGUGCACCCUCGGGGGGUUUGGGAAGGCGUUAACGGGCUCGUCAAGGGCGGGUGCCCGCCCGGGCUCGUCUUGAUCGACGAUGGGUGGCAGUCCAUUUCCCAUGAUGACGACCCGGUGUCCGAAGAAGGCGUCAACCGGACCUCCGCCGGCGAGCAAAUGCCAUGCAGACUCUUAAAGUUCGAAGAGAACUACAAGUUCAGGGACUACGAGAGUCCCGGAAGCAAGAGGUCAGCCGUGGGUGGUCCGAGCAAGGGGAUGGGUGCCUUUAUCAAGGACCUGAAGGAGGAGUUCAAGAGCGUGGACUACGUGUACGUGUGGCACGCUCUGUGCGGGUACUGGGGUGGGCUCAGGCCCGACGUUCCCGGGCUGCCCGAGUCCAGUGUCGUUGGGCCCAAGCUGUCGCCCGGACUUGAGAAGACGAUGGAAGAUCUGGCCGUCGAUAAGAUCGUUAACAACGGAGUCGGGUUGGUCCCGCCGGAGAGCGUGGGUCAGAUGUACGAGGGCCUACACUCCCACCUGGAGUCGGUCGGAAUUGAUGGAGUCAAAGUUGACGUUAUUCAUUUGUUGGAGAUGUUGUGCGAGGACUAUGGUGGGAGAGUGGAGCUAGCAAAAGCGUACUACAAAGCCUUGACAGCUUCGGUGAGGAAACACUUCAAAGGAAAUGGUGUGAUUGCAAGCAUGGAGCACUGUAAUGACUUCAUGUUCCUCGGCACCGAGGCCAUAGCACUUGGUCGUGUCGGAGAUGACUUUUGGUGCACGGACCCAUCUGGGGAUCCCAACGGCACAUUCUGGCUACAAGGGUGUCACAUGGUGCACUGUGCCUACAACAGCAUGUGGAUGGGCAACUUCAUCCACCCCGACUGGGACAUGUUCCAGUCGACUCACCCCUGUGCCGAGUUCCACGCCGCCUCCCGCGCCGUAUCUGGAGGGCCCAUUUACGUCAGUGACUCGGUCGGAAAACACGACUUCCGGCUGCUCAAGACCCUUGUGUUGCCCGAUGGGUCGAUACUGAGGUGUGAACACUAUGCGCUCCCUACCCGCGAUUGUCUUUUUGAAGACCCUCUACAUGAUGGGAAGACCAUGCUCAAAAUAUGGAACUUGAACAAGUACACUGGAGUCCUGGGCGCAUUCAACUGCCAAGGCGGCGGCUGGUCACCGGAGAUCCGCCGCAACAAAUGCUUCUCCGAACACUCCCACGCGGUCACCUCCACCGUCUCCCCAGCUGACAUCGAAUGGGGCCAAGGUGCCAACCCAAUCCCCAUCGGCCCAGCCCAAACCUUCGCCCUCUACUUCUUCAAACAAAACAAACUAAUCCUCCUCUCAAACCCCACCGACCAAAUCCAAAUCUCUCUAGACCCCUUCAAUUUCGAGCUCAUAACAGUCUCUCCGGUUACCCAACUGGCGAAAAAGUCGGUACAGUUUGCUCCGAUCGGGUUGGUGAAUAUGCUAAAUACCGGAGGGGCGGUGCAGUCAUUUGUGGUGAACGAGGAGGGCAGUUUGGUCCAGGUUGGCGUUAAGGGGACUGGGGAAAUGAGGGUUUAUGCGUCGGUGAAGCCGAGACGGUGUCAUAUUAAUGGGGAGGAAGUUGGGUUUGGGUAUGAAGAUGGCGGUAUGGUUGUGGUUCAAGUGCCGUGGGUGGAAUCUACAAGUGUUUCUAUUGUUGAGUACUUGUUUUAGGAUUUGCUGGAUUUGACUGAGAUAAUUGCCAGUAAUGAUGGCAUUCUCUCUAGUUUUUCAGUUGUUUCUUAGGGAAGCACUAAUGUACAUUUAACUACCUAAUUUCAAGGAUUGAUUAUCAAUAAGAGAUUAUACUACUACAGAUUACUGGUAA